AUGAACAUUUUUCAUAAUUCAAAAAUUUUUUCAAAAUGUAACUACAACUGUUAUAGAAAAAAUUACUACUUUAAUAGGUUUAGAAAUGAAAAUAUCGCAAAUAAACGUAAAAUUUUAAAUAUAAAAAAAGUAUCAAGACAUUUAAAAAAAAAUAACAGAAUAAGAAAUGAUGAAAAAAUAGAGAAAAUUAACUUACAUUUAAGCAAAGAAAAUAUCACAAGUAAAAAUUUAUUAAAAUUUAUUGAGAGAGAUAAAAAGUUGUUGCUAUAUGCAUUAUGUAAAAUUCAUGAAAAAAAAGGAUUUGAUGACAGAUGUGAAUUAAAUAAUUUAUCUUCUAGUAUAGCUGAAAAAAUUAUAAAUAGAGAAAGCACUUUAAAUGUAAAAGAAAAAUUAAUUUAUUUAAGUUGUUUAAAUAUUAAAAAAUAUGCUGAAAAAAUCAAUUUGAUUAAAGAUAUAAAUAUUAAACACAUGGAUGAAAAAAUUAUUUUUAAUUAUUUUUGUACGAUUUUAAAAAACAGAAAAAAUUAUUUAGAUGACAAAGAAAUAAUUGAUGAUAUAUUAUUUUUUUUUAAAAAUAAAAUAAAUAAAAAAUGUAUAAAUAAUAUUUCAGCAUACUUUUUUAAUUUAUCAUAUUUAAAUAGUAAAACUAUAAUUAAAACAAAUAUUUUAUAUUAUUUUGUUUUAUAUAUGUUAAAAUAUAUAAGAAAUAAAAUUAAAAAACGUAUGUCAGUAUUUAACAUAUUCAAUUAUGUUGAACUCCUAACCUCCAUAAUACAUAUAUCAAAAUUAAAAAAAGAAAAAAGUUUUGAUAUAGAAUACGAUAUUGAAUAUAUCAAUAAAAUCAGAAUGCUAAAUAGGAAUGAAUAUGAUUUUGAAAUUUCUAAUUUUUCAAAUAUAUGUAACGGUGUUUUUAAUGAUAAAUGUAUCACCACAUUAAAAAAAGAUCUAUUAUAUAACGAUAAAGAAUUUUACCAUUAUUACAAUAUAAAUGAUUUUAUUUUUAAAAAGGAAAAGAAUAAAUUUUCAAAUAAUGGUCUAGAUGAAGGAGAAGAGAAUAAUGACAUAAGUAAAUUACAUGGUAUAAAUUCUGAUAUAAUUUAUUUAAUAUAUUUUGUUAAUAAUUCUUUAAUUUCUAUACUUAAAAAGUGUCAAAAUAAAUUAAAAAAAAAUGUUCUACAUAAAUUUGCAAAUGAUAAUUUACAGGGGAAAUUUUAUAUUAUUAGUAAUUAUAUGUUUCAAUGUUUACAUUUUAACAUUUUUUGUAGAACACUAUUUCAUUAUUUUCAAGAAGUAAUUAUUUAUAUUAGUAAAAGUAAUAAAAUGCUUUUUUUUUAUUUAUCUCCAUCAUAUAUAGUUCAUUUAAUACAUUUAUUAUCUAUACAAUUUCAUUUAAUUAGGAUUGAUGAAAAUGUAGAAAAUAAUAUUUUAAAAAAUUGUUUAAAUGUAUUAUUUGUUGAUGAUUGUAAAAAAUUAAGUAAAAAGGAUAAAGUUUUAUUAUAUAUAAGUAUUUCUAAACUUCUUUUUUUUUCUAAGAAAAUUUAUAUUGAAAAGUUAAAUCAUAUUUUAUCAAAUGAAUUUAUAAAUUGUACUUAUAGAGAUUUAUAUAGUGUAGUUUAUUCAUUAAAUUGUUCCAAAUAUUAUGAUUUGCCUUUUAUUGAAGCAUUAUUAAGAAAUAUUUAUAAAUUAAAGCAUAAAUAUUCUUCUAAUCAACUUUUAACAAUUAUAUCAAUAUUUUAUUCAUUUAAUUUGAAUUUAUCAAUAUUUAAUUUACUACUAUCAUAUUCUAACAAAAAUGAUGUUGGAAGUUUUAAGGAUGAAAGAAUUAUAAUAAAUGAGUUCGAAGACAAUAAAGAAGCGAAAAAAUUAGAAGAGGAUUUAGAAAAUAAAGAAAGAAUAUUAAAAGAAAUAUCUUCACAUAUAAAAGAAAAUUCUAAUGAUAAUUUUGUUUUUAAUGAAUCAGAUUUACUAGAAUUUGAUUCACAAAAUAAUAACUUAAAAUGUGACAUAUCUGAAGAAAGUAUUUUAAUGGAUAAUGAAGAAAUAAAGAAGUAUUUAAAAAAAAAGAGAAAAAAUCAAAAUAGAAAGUGA